GACCAAAAUUACAUUUUUUUCACCUUUAAAUAAUAGUUUAUAGAAUGAAAGUUUCUAUUUCUUGAACUUUUAUUCUAAACUAUAAUAUUGCUCAAGUGGAAAAUGGAUUUGUUUCUGGGACAUUGUGUGCAUGCAGGAGUUGUUUGUAUAUGUUUUGUGUUUGUUUCCUUGUGGAGUUUGUGUUCUGAGGUUAGGUUGGUUGGCUGGAGAGGUAGACAGUAGGGCACCGUUAGUUGUGCAGUGGAGUGAAUUUUGAGAAACAAACUAAGAUAGUCUCGAGAAAGAAAGUUUGGGGUUGCGGAGACCCAAUGCGAAGUCCCAGAAGAGUGUGAUAUCUUGAUCAAAUAUUUGGAAAUGCCAAUGCCGAGGCAGUUCUUGAACGCCGCCCCGGAUUUCUUCCACCUCCACCGCCACCUCUCUUAUUUCUUCCUCUUCUUCUUCAAUAUUCUUUCACACUCUCCAAUUCCUACUAUUGCAGCAAACCAUGAAGUUGUUGUAUUAUUUUCUUGGCUUCACUCUUCUUCUUCUUCUUCUUCUUCGUCUCCGCCUCCUGCUUUUUCAACCUGGAAUUCACAAGACUCCCAUCCCUGUAAAUGGUCGUUCGUUAGGUGUUCUUCUGAUAACUAUGUCACGGAAAUCAAUAUUCAGUCUGUUUAUCUCGCCCUGCCCUUUCCCUCCAAUCUUUCCUCCUUGAGCUUUCUUGAAACCCUGAUCAUUUCUGAGGCUAAUCUCACUGGAACAAUCCCGGUUGAGAUUGGAGACUGUGUUUCACUGAAAACCAUUGAUGUUAGUUCCAACAGUCUUAUCGGUGAUAUUCCAGCGAGUAUUGGGAAGCUCAAAAACCUGGAGGAAUUGACUCUCAACUCUAAUCAGCUCACUGGGACGAUUCCAGCUGAACUCGGGAGUUGCACUAGCCUGAAAAGUCUUGUUUUAUUUGACAACAGGUUGAGUGGGAGCAUUCCGGCGGAGCUUGGGCAGCUGUCGGGUUUGGAAAUCUUGCGCGCGGGGGGGAAUCAGGAUAUUGAGGGAAAACUUCCAGAUGAAAUUUCGAAUUGCCAGAACUUGCAAGUUUUGGGCCUUGCUGAAACUAAGAUUUCUGGUGGGCUUCCUUCUUCGUUGGGUAGGUUGAAAAAGCUUCAGGUUUUGUCGCUUUAUACUACAAUGCUUUCAGGGGAAAUUCCACGGGAGAUUGGAAACUGCUCAGAGCUUGUGGAAUUGUAUUUGUAUGAGAAUAGCCUGUCGGGUUCGCUUCCACGGGAGCUGGGAAAGCUCCUGAAACUCGAGAAGUUGAUGCUAUGGCAAAACAAUCUCGUGGGCUCUAUUCCUGAAGAGAUCGGGAACUGCAAGAAUUUAGUAAUCCUUGAUGUUUCUUUGAAUUUUCUGACGGGAACCAUACCUGAAUCAUUCGGGAACCUCACGAAUCUUCAAGAGUUGAUGCUCAGCAGCAACAAUGUUUCGGGUUCAAUCCCGGCAGUUCUUUCCAAUGCCACAAGUUUGAUACAGCUUCAGGUUGACAGUAACCAGAUUUCUGGUUCGAUUCCUCCAGAACUUGGACUCUUGUUUCAACUUCAAGUUUUCUUCGCAUGGGAUAACAAGCUUGACGGAAGUAUUCCCGCGACAUUGUCCGGUUGCAAAAGCCUUCAAGCUUUGGAUUUAUCCCGCAACUCUCUUACGGGUAGUUUGCCCCCGAGCAUCUUUCAACUCAGAAAUCUAACUAAGCUUCUCUUGAUUUUUAAUGACUUAUCGGGUUCUAUCCCCCCGGAAAUUGGUGAUUGCAAAUCCCUUUUCCGUUUGAGACUGGCAGGGAAUAAAAUCAGUGGUCAAAUACCAAGAGAAAUUGGUUCUCUUACGAAUCUGAGUUUUCUUGAUCUCUCUAAUAACCAUUUGAGUGGAGUGGUGCCUGACGAAAUAGGCAAUUGCGGAGAACUGCAGAUGCUGGACUUGGCUGGGAAUUCAUUAAGUGGAAAUCUGCCUAGUUCCCUGUCUUAUCUUAGUAAAUUAGAGGUAUUGGAUGUUUCGAUGAAUCAGUUCGUUGGCCCAAUUCCAGGCAGUUUUGGCGAACUCUUCUCUCUCAGUCGACUUUCACUUAGCUGCAAUUCUUUAUCAGGGCCAAUUCCAUCGACCCUUGGCCGCUGUUCAAGGCUUCAGUUGCUUGAUUUGAGCCAGAAUCAACUGUUUGGGAGCAUUCCGGUCCAAAUCUUUGAAAUUGAGGCUCUUGAAAUUGCUUUAAAUCUGAGCUGGAAUAGCUUGACAGGGGAAAUUCCACCUCAGGUUGUUGCUCUAAACAAGCUCUCUGUGCUAGACCUUUCACACAACAAGCUUGAAGGAGAUUUGAUGUCUCUUUCCGGGAUGGUGAACCUUGUUUCACUGAACAUUUCCUACAACAAUUUCACAGGUUAUCUCCCUGAUAACAAGCUGUUCAGGCAGUUAUCGGCCACAGAACUGGCUGGAAACAAAGGUUUGUGUGCUCGGGGACACGACUCGUGUUUCUUGAGCAAUGCACAGGGUGUGGGGCUACCUCAAGACAGAAGUAUUAGGCGGUCAUGGAGGCUAAAACUUGCCAUCUCGUUGCUAUCUAUUGUGACAGUGGCCUUGGGAGUUAUUGGCCUUUUAGCAGUUAUAAGAGUUAGAAGAAUGAACAGAGAAGAUGCAGAGUCAGAACUGGGAGGCAGCGAACCAUUUUCUUGGAAAUUCACUCCAUUUCAGAAGCUGAAUUUUUCGGUCGAUCAAGUACUAAGGAGUCUUGUUGAAGAAAAUGCAGUUGGAAAGGGAUGCUCCGGGAUUGUUUACCGAGCAGAACUUGACAACGGUGAAGUGAUCGCAGUGAAGAAGCUAUGGCCGACAACAAUACAAGCCGGUCAUAACUGUCAAAAUGAUCGGUCCGGUGUUAGUGGGGUUCGUGACUCCUUUUCAACUGAGGUGAAAACUCUCGGCUCAAUCCGACAUAAGAACAUUGUCAAGUUCUUAGGUUGUUGCUGGAAUCAGAACACAAGAUUGUUGAUGUACGAUUACAUGCCCAACGGAAGCCUAGGGAGUCUCCUUCAUGAAAAGAGUGGAUGCUGCUUGGAGUGGGAUGUGAGGUACCGAGUAAUUCUAGGGGCAGCUCAAGGCUUAGCUUAUUUACACCACGAUUGCGUCCCCCCCAUUGUUCAUAGGGACAUCAAGGCAAACAACAUUCUAAUCGGCCUCGAUUUUGAGCCGUAUAUUGCUGAUUUCGGCCUUGCUAAACUCGUAGAUGAUGGAGAUUUCGCUCGUUCCUCCAACACUGUCGCUGGUUCCUAUGGUUACAUCGCUCCCGAGUAUGGCUACAUGAUGAAGAUCACGGAGAAGAGCGACGUAUACAGCUAUGGAGUAGUCGUGCUCGAGGUAUUAACAGGCAAACAGCCAAUCGACCCAACGAUACCAGAUGGGCUUCACAUUGUGGACUGGGUGCGACACAAUCGGACACAUGGAACCGAGGUUUUAGACCCGGGCUUAUGCCAAAGGCCCGAGGCGGAACUUGAAGAGAUGAUGCAAACUCUUGGAGUUGCCAUGCUGUGUGUGCAUCCAUCGCCGGACGACCGGCCGACGAUGAAGGAUGUAGCGGCAAUGCUCAAGGAAAUAAGGCAGGAGAGAGAGGAAAUACCUAAAGUUGAUAUGCUCAUAAAAGGGUCACAAAUAGGUGGAUCAGAUGCAAAGGAGAAGAAGAGUUGGAGUGGAGGGCAGUCAUCUGCAGCGCAGGGGUUGUAUUUGGAGAGCAACAACUCAAGCUUUUCUGCAUCUUCGUUGCUGCACUCGGCUUCCUCUGUUGCCAAAUUUGGUGUUGAUAAUAAGCAGUAGAAUGCCAUGCAUCUUUUUCUGUUUGUAGUUAACAUUCAAAUAACAUUAAUAUAUGUAGUUAACUUUUUUUCAUCUUUCUUAAUUUUGUGUUUAUUUCUACAUUAUUAAAGGAAAUUAAAUGCAUGUUUGUGGGGUUCAGACAGCAUAAGUUAUCACUCACUGUAUCCUCCUA